CCGGCGAGCGCGCGCCAUGGCGGACCCAGGGGUGUGCAGCUUCAUCACCAAGAUCCUGUGCGCGCACGGCGGCCGCCUGGCGCUGGACGCGCUGCUGCAGGAGAUCGGGCUCCCCAAGGCGCAGCUGUGCCACGAGCUGCAGGCGGCCGGGCUCGAGCGCUUCGUGGUGCUGGAGACGGGCGGCAGGGACGGCGUGUCCUGCUCGGUGGUGGCCACCACUCCCGUCCGAAUCUGCCGCCGCAAGCGCUGCGAGAGGCCCUGCGGGAAGCUGCACCUGUGCAAGCUCAACGUGCUGGGCCGCUGCCACUACUCGCAGGCCGAGCGGAAUUUGUGCAAGUAUUCGCACGAAGUCCUCUCGGAAGAGAACUUCCAGGUCCUGAAAAGCCACGAUCUCUCUGGACUCAACCAGGAGGAGCUGGCGGUGCUGCUCAUCCAGAGCGACCCCUUCUUCCUGCCCGAGAUUUGCAAGACUUACAAAGGAGAGGGGCGCAAGCAGAUCUGCAGUCAGCAGCCCCUGUGUGAAAGGCUGCACAUCUGUGAGCACUUCACCCGCGGGGAAUGUCGCUACCUCAACUGCCUCCGCUCCCACAACCUGAUGGACAGAAAGGUGCUGGCGGCCAUGAGGGAGCACGGGCUGAGCCCCGACGUGGUGCAGAACAUCCAGGACAUCUGCAACAGCAAGCACGCCCAGAAGAAUGCCUCGGGCCCCAGAGCUCCUGCCCCGCAUCGCAGACCGGCCGCCCCUGCAAGGGCCGCCGCUCGAGACAGAAGCACAAGUAAAGACCGACCCUUCCGUGGCGGCCGAGAAUUUGUGUCGUCUGCUCUGGCUCCUCCGAGGCCCUGCACAUCCGGUCCCGACGGCCCGGGCCUCGGGCCUUCCCCGGAGGCUGCGCCAGUGGACAAGCUCACGCACAGGUUCACAGGCCUGGGCACUGGCGCUGGCCCUCUGCCUUGCUCGGGCUCGGCCACGCCCACUGAGCCUGGCGGACCCACGAAGCUGGGAGGAAGCCAGCGGUUCCCCGAGAGCAGCCGUGCCCCAGGCGCCCCGCUCGGGCCUCCAAGCAGCACGGACUCCGGCCGGAAGAGCUCCUCCGUCCUGGAAGGCCCCGGGAAAGGGAGCGACUCUGCACCAACCUCUGAAGUUGGCACCACAGAGAACACGUGCUUCUCCGACCUCCAGGGAGCCGGGGACAGAAGAGGGGCCGCAGACUCCCCGCAGGCCUCGCUUUCUAACAGUGCUCACGGAGGGGCCGCAUAUACGACUUCCUCGGGAUCUUUAAAUGACGGUGCCGGAACCGGUGGUCCGUUUAGGGAUCCCCCAGCCCCGGGAACGAGCCAAAGGACGGGUGGCGAUGAGCCCGGAGUGGCGUUGCUGACUGACUCGGUGUCCGCUGUCCCGAGUGCCACAUCUCCCAGGCUGAGCGGCCACGGCUCGGAGGAGAUCUGUCUCGCCCACCUGUACAGCGGUUGUCAGCGGAACGGCAGCUGCAGCCGGGUCCACUUCCACCUGCCUUACCGAUGGCAGGUGUUGAUUCUAAACAACUGGGUGGACUUCCAGGACAUGGAGAAGAUCGAGGAGGCCUACUGCGACCCCAGAAACCAGACCAUUUCCAUAGGAAAUGACAAAAUCAACUUCCAGAAAAUGACUUGUGACUGUAAUCCCAUGCGCCGGCUCAGCACUCCCUCGUCGGUGACAGAUCCAGACAGUUCUGUCUUCACCACCCAGUGGAUCUGGUACUGGAGAAGCGAAUCGGACAGGUGGAUCCCGUAUGGAGAAGAGAACAACAACCAGCCAAGUUCGAAUAUCGACUCUUCGUACCUGGAGUCUUUGUUUCAGUCCUGUCGGAGGGGGAUUGUGCAGUUUCAGGCCGGGUCUCGAAACUAUGAGCUCAGCUUCCCAGGGAUGACGCAGACAAACAUAGCUUCCAAGACUCAGAAGGACGUCGUGAGGAGGCCAGCCUUCGUGUCUCUGUGGGAGGUGGAGCAGAUGAAAAGGAUCCUGGACUGUCCGCAGGCGCAGAGCCAGCCAGAGCCUUCCCCCUGGAACCUCCCUCAGCCAGUCGCCGGCUCCCAGCCCGCGGACGGAUAUCAGUUGUUGGAGCUCAGCACCCACAAUUCAGAAUAUAUCGGAAUAAGCGAGCAUUUUAAAACGUCGAUGAAAAAUGCCAAGAUCGAAAAGAUAAAGAAGAUCGAGAAUCCCAGGCUCUGGAACACUUUUCAGAGGAAGAGGCUGACCAUGCAGGAUAAAGACGAAAAACUCCUGUUCUACGCGACGGGCCGUGCCCACGUGGAGUCUAUUUGUGCGAACAAUUUCGACUGGACCUUGCAUGGACCUCAUGAGACCAAAUACGGAAAAGGAUACUACUUCACAAAAGAUGCCAUCUAUGCACACAAAAACUGCCCCUUCGGUGCCAAAAACACGGUUAUGUUUGUGGCCCGCGUGCUGACUGGCAGUUCCGUCGAGGGGAACGUGAUGUACACCAGCCCUCCUGCGCCGUACGACAGCUGUGUGGACACGAGGUCGAACCCCUCGGUCUUCGUCGUCUUCCAGAAGGAGCAGGUUUACCCCGCCUACGUGAUCGAGUAUAGUGAAGUAGACAAGGCGUGCGUGGUCAGUUAGAAACGGGACAGAGGGCCUCGCCAUCCGUUCACGUCCAGAACCGGCGGCCCCGAUCGUAGUGAGCGUUCACGUGUUCUUGCCGAGUUAGCUCAAGUCUUAAAUCCACGGUCCCCAAGCAUUUUUUGCCCCAAAGUUCCGAGGCCCAGGCUGCACCCCAUAUCAGCGAGAGCCAGGCUGCAAGCAGAGCGUGGGCCGUCGUCGACGUGCCUGGCGAGGGCUGCGUUCUCGGUUCUCUGUGAAACUUCUCUCCCAUCCUCUCAGUUCCCUGGGUGGCAUGACGUGGUUAAUCGAAGGGAAAUUGAUCUGGGAAGUUCGAGAGCGUCUGGUAGUGCCAUUGGAGACAAGGACAAAAGACAUUGCAUCCUUGGAUGGGAGACUGUGAGAAGUGAGGCGAGAAGUGCUUAGGGGCAUGCCGAGAACAACAGUGGAAAUGUAAAUCCUGCUGCCCGCAGUGCCGCCUGUAGUGCUCUCUAGUGCUGCCUGUGGUGCUCUCUGUAGUACCACCUGUAGUACUCUCUAGUACUGCCUGUGGUGCUCUCUGUAGUACCUCUUAGUACUGCCUGUAGUGCUCUCUUAGUGCCGCCUGCAGUACUCUCUAGUACUGCCUGUAGUACUCUCUUAGACCGCCUGUAGUACUCUCUAGUACUGCCUGUGGUGCUCUCUGUAGUACCUCUUAGUACCGCCUGUAGUGCUCUCUAGUGCCGCCUGUGGUGCUCUCUGUAGUACCACCUGUAGUACUCUCUAGUACUGCCUGUGGUGCUCUCUGUAGUACCUCUUAGUACUGCCUGUAGUGCUCUCUUAGUGCCGCCUGCAGUACUCUCUAGUACUGCCUGUAGUACUCUCUUAGACCGCCUGUAGUACUCUCUAGUACUGCCUGUGGUGCUCUCUGUAGUACCUCUUAGUACUGCCUGUAGUGCUCUCUAGUGCCGCCUGUGGUGCUCUCUGUAGUACCACCUGUAGUACUCUCUAGUACUGCCUGUGGUGCUCUCUGUAGUACCUCUUAGUACUGCCUGUAGUGCUCUCUUAGUGCCGCCUGCAGUACUCUCUAGUACUGCCUGUAGUACUCUCUUAGACCGCCUGUAGUACUCUCUAGUGCUGCCUGUGGUGCUCUCUUUAGUACCACCUGUAGCACCUUUUUAGUACUGUCUGUAGUACUCUCUUUAGUGUGGCCUGUAGUACUCUCUAGUACUGCCUGUAGUGCUCUCUUUAGUACUUCCUAUGGUACUCUUUAGUACUUCCUGAAGUACUCUCUAGUACUGCCUGUAGUGCUCUCUUUAGUACUUCCUGUAGUACUCUUUAGGGCUGCCUGUAGUACUCUCUUUAGUGCUGCCUGUAGUACUCUCUAGUGCUGCCUGUGGUGCUCUCUUUAGUACCACCUGUAGCACCUUUUUAGUACUUCCUGUAGUACUCUCUUUGGUACCGCCUGUAGUACUCUCUAGUACUGCCUGUGGUGCUCUCUUUAGUACCGCCUGUAGUACUCUUUAGUACUCCUGUAGUACUCUCUUUGGUACCGCCUGUAGUACUCUCUAGUACUGCCUGUAGUGCUCUCUUUAGUACCGCCUGUAGUACUCUCUAGUACUGCCUGUAGUGCUCUCUUUAGUACUUCCUGUAGUACUCUUUAGGGCCGCCUGUAGUACUCUCUAGUACUUCCUGUAGUACUCUCUUUAGUACUGCCUGUGGUACUCUCUAGUACUGCCUGUGGUGCUCUCUUUAGUACCGCCUGUAGUACUCUCUAGUACUGCCUGUAGUGCUCUAUCUCCUCGUUCCUUUAGGGGACAGACUCCAUGCAAGUUGAGUCUUUCUGGAGUGCAGCGAACGGAGCUCGGAGAGAAGCAGCCAGCUGGCGUGAGCAGCCCGUUUGGGCUCUUGCUGUCACGAUGGCCAAGUAGAUGCUUACGUUCCAGUUCAUGAGGUUGCACGGAAGGGUGCCAGCUGUCCUGCCAGUGUGUGUACGGGGAGGCCUGGACUGCAGGAUUAGAGUCACACAGGCACAGCUGAUAACCCUAAGUGCUCCCGUAAUCAUUCGCAGGAGAGACGUGGCUCGCCAAGGAUCAGAGCCGGGCCACUGCUCCUGACGGACAGGCCCUCACAAGGCACGCUUUGUGUCCGGUGAGCCCGGAAUCAGAGCCGAGAGGACAGUGUCCCUGCCGGGGCAGCUUUCCUACACAGCGUGGGUCGUGUGGGAUUCUAUAGUGCGAUGAGGUGUUAGGUAGUGGAGGUACCUGGACCAGUAUUUCCUUCCGAUUAUGAAUCAGGUUUUGCUCCCAGCUCUCCUUUUCGACAUUCCCCUCCCAUCACCAGCGUUUCCUAGUGGAGUUGCUUCUAGCAGACGUGAUCCUUAGCGUCAGAGUUGGUUUUCUGCUAGACGUCCGAGUACAAAGGUGUUCACGACUCAGGCUUUUGAGGGCUGUGUGCAGUAGGCUGCUGGCCCCGCGGUCACUGCGGUUCACCUGCUCUUUGCACUUUGCUUUCUGUUUUGGAAUCUUCGGUCCCUGACCUUGACUCAUGUUGUGGAGCCACAGCGGAUCCAGUUGGUUCCAGCCGGUUCCAGCUGCCCGCAGACACCUCUGGUUGCCUGUCUCAGGGCACACUGGAUUCCACACACUGAAGACGGAGCUGUCGCUCUCCCGUGUACACGCUCCCUGAGUAUACGGCGUCCCCACCCUGUGCCCAGUGGCUCCAGAAGUCAGCCGUGGCCGCCUCUAAGCAGUUCCCAAGGCCCUCCCAGGCAUCCCUGUGUCCCCAUCUGUUUUCGCUGCUUAGCAAAAAUGGUUCUGUCUGUAAAAGCUUACUGGACUAUGCGCUUUCAAAACAGAUCUGAUGGGGCCUGUAGGGUCCACUUGAGACCCAUUGUCGUAAGAUCUCCCCCUCGCUGGCCCUAUGUCAUUCUGCGCAGGGCUCUCUGGCCUUCUUUCAGCUCUUGGUAUCUCUUCUGCCCAGCUCAUGGCUCUCCGUGGGCACUGCUGCUUUUCAAGGGGCGAAUGCUUUAUUUUCCUCAAAAUGCAAUUCCAGGAUAAUAUACUCUGCCUGCACACACACAGUAUUAGACAUAAAUGAAGAAUCAGCUAAAAACAGUAUCACCUGCGGAUGAAUAGGGAUUCUUCACUAGGGUACAACUAUACUGACAUACUGAGGUAGUCGGAUGCGCACACCUACGAUGAGGCGAUUUGAACGUAAAAGAAAGUAGGAGGUCAGAGCUAUUUUGUACCUCUGGGGUACAUGUGGGCAUCAGAACAGAAGCUAGUGACACAAUAACCAAUUUGCAUAUGGUAAUAGUUCCUGCAUCUGGAAAUACUUAUUUGCAUAUGAGAAAAUGCAGUGACUUGCAUACUGUGCAAGAAGCUUUAUAGAUUGUCGAAGCAGGACAAGAGGAGGCGAGCUGUAGGGCUUUUAAAAAAGUUCGUUGAGUAGGGCCGGCACUGUGGCUCUCUUGGCUAAUCCUCCGCCUGCGGUGCCGGCACACCGGGUUCUAGUCCCGGCCGGAGCACCGGAUUCUGUCCCGGUUGCUCCUCUUCCAGUCCAGCUCUCUGCUGUGGCCUGGGAGUGCAGUGGAGGAUGGCCCAAGUGCUUGGGCCCUGCACCCGCAUGGGAGACCAGGAGGAAGCUCCUGGCUUCUGGCUUUGGAUCAGCACAGCACGGGGCGGCCAUUUGGGGAGUGAGCCAAUGGCAAAAAGGAAGACCUUUCUCUCUGUCUCUCUCUCUCACUUCGAUAACUCUACCUGUCUAAUAGGGUUGAAAAGUGUUUACUUGGUACAAAAAGGUCUGGAGAUCAGGCAUACGAGGGCUCUUCAGAAAAGUCCAUGACAGAAUGAUGCUCUGAAAAAACUGCAUGCAUUUCACAUUUUUUGCACUAAAAUAAACUUGGGUUUUAAUUCCACUUUCCCCUGAACUUUUUGACGGGUCCUCCUGCACGGGUGUCCGGAGAGACGCUCAGAAUCCGCAUGGGUGCGGGGUGGUCGCUCACUGUCCAGGCGUGGCAGGCUGCUCGGCUGCGCGGCUCCUGCCCCACCCCUGGUCGUGGUAGCAACCGAACACGGUCAGGCUCACUCAGCUUUGCAGAGUAGACACCGUGCAGUGUCUCCGUAGCCGGAGAGGAAUCGGAAUCAUGGAUUUCUGUGCAAGUUCAGACAGCGCUCUAGGCCUGUGGUUACGGAGUGGAAGGUGAGAAGUCUGUCGUGAAAGGAAGUGAGCUUCAGCCUGAGCGCCGGGCCGGGCCGGGCAUUCCCUCACUCGUGCGCAGGUCUGGAAGGAAGAGCGCCUCGGGUCGGGAAGCAGAGGAGAGAGCGGUGAGGGGCGUGGGUGACACCAGAAUGCGGACCCGGCGUAGGGGGCCCGCAGACCGCGCACCUCAGCGCCAUCUCCCCCCCCCCCCCCCCACAACGGGAUAGGACGACACUGCAGCAUGCGCAGGGGAGGUGCGGCCCUGUCCCCCAGCCGAGCUGCAGGUCCUACUAAGUGUCCAGCGGGGCGUUAGAGUGUCGUCCAGGGCAGACACUUCGCUGUCGUCGGGGCUAGCCCACACGUUGCACCGCUGGUCCGCUCGCUGCUGGUGAUAGAUGCGGUUCUGGGAGACCAGCGACUGCCUGACGCGACCCAUUUCCCCCGACCCAGACCCCUGGAUGGAGCGCCCAUAGGAGCCCUUCCGUAGGCUAGACCACGUCCCUGCCGCCCAGACACCACGAAAUACGUUGUGCCUUGCUGUGCUCAUUUUCGUAUCCGAUCUACUUUCUGCGUUGGAGCGCAGGCUCCCGGGGGCUCAGUCUGUCUGAUGAGCGUGGCUUUGCUGCGUCUGACGCCCAGCCCAGCUGGGUGCUUGAUACGCGGGUACGAUCAAUUCUGUGCCAUAAGUAAGUUCAGCUGUGUCUGUUUCAAUAGCGUUGCAUUGCUUCUUGUUUUUGUUUGCUUAGUUUUUGACU